UUGGCUCUGGCAUGGGUGGCGGUGGUUCGGGCAGAGAGUUUUGCAAGCUGGACACGUGGUAGCGAAAGGAGAGAAACUAGGGAGUUUCAAGUUCCCUAAAGUUGAGAGGUUUGCACGACUUAGAGGAAUCCCUUUAAGAUGAAGCUAAAUCUUACCAAGGUGGUUAAUGGCUGUCGCCUUGGAAAAAUAAAAAACCUUGGCAAAACAGGGGACCGCACCAUGGACAUCCCAGGCUGCCUUCUAUACACCAAGGCUGGCUCCGCUCCUCACCUGACCCACCACACGCUGCAUAAAAUCCACAGGGUUCCUGCCAUGGCUCAGCUUACACUAUCUUCACUGGCAGAACAUCAUGAAGUCUUGGCAGAAUAUAAGGAAGGAGUUGGAAAGUUCAUAGGCAUGCCGGAAUUGCUCUUGUACUGUUCCCUGCAUGAUCCAGUCAGCCCGUGCCCAGCUGGUUAUGUAACAAAUAAGUCAGUGUCUGUGUGGGGUGUUGGAGGACGAGUAGAAAUGACUGCCUCCAAGUUCAUGGCCAUUCAGCAGGCCCUUCAGCCAGACUGGUUCCAGUGCCUUUCGGAUGGAGAGGCAACUUGCGAUGAAGCAACUUCCGUAAAAAGAGCCAGAAAGUCUGUUGACCGAUCGCUUCUCUUCCUGGAUAAUUGUCUGAAGCUACAGGAAGAGUCAGAGGCCCUCCAGAAAAGUUCGAUCAUUGGAGUGAUCGAAGGUGGAGACGUGAUGGAGGAGAGGCUGAGGUCGGCUCGAGAAACAGCCAAGCGGCCUGUUGGCGGCUUCCUUCUGGAUGGCUUUCAGGGGAAUCCAGAGACCCUGGAGACUAGACUGCACUUGCUGUCGUCAGUCACUGCAGAGCUGCCGGAGGACAAACCAAGGCUCAUCUGUGGUGUUAGUCAGCCAGAUGAGGUGCUCGAGUGUAUUGAAAGAGGAGUGGACUUAUUUGAGAGUUUUUUCCCUUAUCAAGUGACAGAGCGGGGAUGCGCCCUGACUUUCAGCUUUGAUUACCAGCCGAAUCCUGAAGAGACAUUAUUACAACAAGAUGGAACACAGGAAGAAAUAAAAUAUGUGGAUCAAACAAAGAAAAGUAAAACAACCAGUUGCAACCAAGAAAUGACAUCGUUUGAAAUUAAUCUGAAGGAAAAAAAGUACCAGGAGGACUUCAGUCCUCUCGUGAGAGGGUGUUCCUGUUAUUGCUGUAAGAACCACACUCGUGCGUACGUCCACCAUCUGCUGGUGACCAACGAGCUGUUGGCUGGUGUCCUGCUUAUGAUGCACAACUUUGAACACUACUUUGGAUUUUUCCACUCCAUCCGGGAAGCACUGAAAAGUGACAGACUGGCUCAGUUGAAAGAGCUCAUCCGCCAGCAAGCCUCCUGAGAUGUGGCACCCAGUCUGACUCUUCACGUCGAGCAUGCACCACAGUUGUGAUGUGGGAAGAAGAGAGCCAGAAGUGAUCGUAACUUUAAACUUUAAUCGCUUAUAUUUGAGAAUGAAGUCUGCUUAAAGUAGGAACAUCUGUACUGAGCUCUGCCCGCAUGAGGCUAAAGAGACUUCUUACAACUGAAAUGACCUAGAUUGAUCAGAAGAAACUGAAACAUGACCUUUCAUAUUUCUACACUCUUUUAGUCAAUUGAGAUUUGUUUAGUCAAAGAUAAGCUUUAGAUAUAAGAGGACAGCCUUGAAGUGGGGAUGAUGAAAAUCUGAGGGUUCACUAAAUUGAAUUGGAACUUGAAGGGAGAUGAUUGGUCGUAAGUUGUAUGACCUCUGUGGAUAUGUGCCUGCUGACCAAGAGGAAUCUAGCUGAUUCAAGAGUUUUCUUCAUUUUAAUCCUAAUAUUCUCAGGGGCCUCUUUUGGGUUCUUCUGCCUCCCAAGCUGUCCUGGCAGUGCAGUCAACCAGAAAUGACUCUUGUGACUUCACCAGGCUCACAUCUCCAUGGGAUGUGGAGCUCUCACGUUGCUCCAAUGACCAGUUGACACAGGGCACACUCUUCGUUUGACCACAUGGUCUUUCUGUGGCUUGCCUCCCUAAAGUCACCACAGUUGCCUAUGUGGAGCUGAAAGUGCAUUGCAGCUUUCAUCUGGUCAUACAGGUCCACUGUGGUCUGCCUUUCAGGCUCAUUCAUAGUCGAGCCACUUAAUAACUGAAGUUCCAUCACUUGGGGAGAUUCAGUCACCGUGUGUUCACUUGGAUGGAGCCCUGGCCUGGCUGUUAGGGGAUUGGGUUUAAGUUACUCAGCUGUGACACUUUGCAUAUAUCACUUAACCUCCCCAUUCCUGUUUCCUUCUGAAUAAUGGGGACAGGCAUUGUGAAGAGUACUAGAUGAAUGUCUAAGAUUCCAUCCAGCUCUUAAUAUUUGGGGAACAAGAAGUUUUAGAUUAGAACCAUAGCUUUACAUGUAUCUUUGUUUAUUGAUCACUGUUGGCUUGAUUUAAAAUACAGUGGUAUCAGGAGUUAGGUAACAGUAGAGAGACUAAAAAGAGGUUUGGCCCAUGGAUUUUAUUUAUUUAUUUAUUUUUUCCCAUUUAUUUUUAUUAGUUGGAGGCUAAUUACUUUACAACAUUGCAGUGGUUUUUGUCAUACAUUGAAAUGAAUUAGCCAUGGAUUUACAUGGCCCAUGGAUUUUAAAGUGGUUGGUAAAUUGGCAUCUGCAAGUCCUGAGGCUAGGAAGGCCUUCCCUGAUCACAUCUCCUAUGAAUUUUUUAUGCUCUUGUCAAAGGAAUGACAUUCGUGUUGAUGAUAUGACAGGUGAUUUUUAUUUAGAAGUGCUUUUCUAUGUUUGUCAACUUUCCUGUAAAAAUACACAUACGUGUGUGUUUCACACAUAGUUUUUAUAAAAACAACAGAACCAAAAAGAUGCCUUUGUUUUGUUUGUAGGGGUAUAAAAUAUUUGUUUUAUAUUCUUAUGCUGUAUUUUUCUCUUUGUUCAUUUUAGUGGGCAUUACUGAACAUUGUUUUUGAUUAUUAUGUGGUUACUAUAUUUUUAUAUGUUGCGCGACCAUCUAUAUGGUCUUCUUUUAUUAGUUUAAGAAUGUAUAUGAAUUCCAAAGUUCAUGAAUUUCAGAAUUCACAGAUACUUCCUGUAACCUCUCCUCCAAUGAAUGGCAAGGAUACUUACAAAAGACAGAAUUUCUGUUCUCAAGAAUCUUCUUGUUUUGAAAUAUAUUGGAUUGGACUUGUUCAUAUGUUUAUAGUCCUGUUCAAUGUCAAGCCCAUUGUUGGAGGAGUAUUAAUAAAUAUCCUAGAAUCCA